AUUCGGACAUUUGUUUCAAUCUUCACCUGACGUUGCAAAGCAAAUUCUGUUUGAUAUCUUUUACCUCAUUCAUUGAAUUAAUUUUUUUUUGUUUUGAUUUAGUUCAUAUAUUUUAUCUUGCAGAAUUGCAAUUCUUACUUGAAAAAAUGCCAGGUAGGUUAAGAAAAUUCUUCAACUGCGUAGCCACCUUUUUUAAAUGUUCGAAACGCUGUAAGCAUGAUAUCCAACUCGAUGAAGAUGAAGCUAUUGAGUCUGCUGAUGUGUGUUGUAUGAUUCCUGGACCUAAAAUAGAAACGUAUAACCCUACGGUGAUUUACUGUAGCCCACGAAAUACUCUGGAUCUCCAAGGCAAACCAAAUUCUGUCUUUCAUGACAAAUAUGACAAAUGUGAAUCAUUUGUACAAAGCAUUCGUUGGUUAAACAUAAAAUCCUUCGAAGAUUCAGACAAUAUUUCUGAGACAGAUCUGUGUGAAAUUAUAACUCCAGACCAAUGGAAGCCUGAAAAUGACAUGCGUUUCCGUUACGGCCAUCAAAUUACGUUGAUGGAUCCAAUCAUAAGUCUGAUGAGAUCCGUGCUUGAGAUGUUGCGCAGACGAUAAUUACCGGCGCAUGGAAAUAGAAAUCGGGAAGCAAUGAUAA